UUGGCGAACUUGCGGUUCUAUGUUCAUCCACCAUGACGACCGGCCAAGCCUCAACUUAGAGACUUAAAAAGCGAUCACCCUUGCUUUCCAAUCAAGGCGGCAGUCUCUAGUGGUUUCCCGCAAUGAGGACAUGGUUGAUAUUUUGUCUGUUCUGUGCAAAUUAUGUUGGCUGUGAGAUGGAGUUCCCCCCGCUUCCCCAAGGAAAGCCUUACAGUUUAGAAAGCGAAGAGGAUUCUUGGAGUUUGAACGGUCUCACAAGUAUUGCAAAUGACAUCGCCUUGACGCUCAGAAAUCAAGCGCCUUACGAAAUUAUUGGAAAUACCUUAAGUAAUGCAUUUGGUAAAGGAGGAAAGUCCCCAGAAAUCUCUGAGGUGAUUGACUAUGAAGUUCCUUUGAUAGUGCUGGCUUCCCUCUCUUUGAUUGCUGCAUUGGUUAUCCCUAUUAUUGGCCUAGUCUUUUGCUGUUGUCGUUGCAGAGGAAAAUGUGGUGGCAUUAUAUAUGAUGAUGAACUCAAACAGCAUCCUGCAAAAGAACGAAUAGCAUACUCUGCUGGAAUUCUUCUUUGUGCAUCUUUACUGAUUAUUUCAGGUGGCUUUAUUCUAGCUUCAAGUAUUCAUAUGAAUGACAGUAUCCCACAUGCAAGAACAGUGUGGAAUGACUCAUUUAGUGAUAUCAAAAUUUACACAGGCAAUUUACUUCAGGAAAUAAAUCACAUAUUACUUCAAGAAGCUGUUCCCACAAUUGACAUUUUGUUUGAUGCAGUUAUUGCAAUGGGAAGAGAUAUAGUUGUUCCUAUAAUACAGUCACCUGUAUUUCAAGAACUCUACUCUGCUGUUAAAGAUGUUGAUCAAGCUGUGAAACAGACCGCACAGCUUUUUGGGGAGAUAGCAGAUGCAAAGUCAUCCCUAAUCUCAAAAAGCAGCCACAUUCAAAAUGAACUAAUUUCCAUUCAAAAAGCAUUGGAGGUCAUUCAUACUGAAUGUAAAAGUAGUGGAGGAAGCAGUCUUUGUGAUGAAAUCCCAUUUGGUAAGGAUGUGGAAACUGAAGCAGACUUUAACAAGGUCCCCAAUGUUACUGAUAGCCAAAACAAAAUAGAGGAUGUGGCAAAGAGUGGUCUUGGAGAUGAUGUUGCAAAGGGUAACCAGUCUCUACAGGACAUGGCUGAGAGAGUUCAAAACUUGACUACAAAUUUAACCAAUGAAUUUCAGAAUUUUACUUCCAAAAUAAAAGAUAUGCCAGUGGAUGUUGUUCAGCCUUUUAGAGAUGACAUUGAUAAGUACAUUGCAGAUACUCUGUUUCCAAUCAGAGAUGAUGUAGAUGAGACGUAUCUUGGUCCAGAUGGAUUGCUAUCCAAAUAUGACAACUAUAGGCAUAUAGCCUUCCUUUUAAUAGGAGUCCUAUCUCUGUUGGAUGGUUUGCUGUUGAUAAUUGCUGUGGUAAUGGGCUUGUGUGGUUCUUUAAGUUAUGAUACACCCAGCAGUAGAAGUAAUCUUUCACACUGGGCAGGAAGGCUUAUGUUAGGAGCUGCUGGUUUGUUCUUUUUUUCUGCAUUUCUCUUUAAUUUGUUGACUGGUGUCACCUUCAUGUUGGGAGCAAAUAUAGCGGUUGUUUGUGAUGGCAUACCUGAUUAUAAGCUUCUUGAAAAGACUAUAGAUGACCCAAAAUUUAUGGGAGGAGAGUACUUGCUGAGUGAAAUGAUCCUAAAUAAUGGAAAUAUUCCAUUGACUGUGUCUGGAGUGCUUAGUGAAUGUUCCAAAAAUCAAGCUCCUUGGGAUGUUCUCAAGAUGGACCAUGUGUUUAAUCUCUCUGUUGUUCUUAACUACAAAGAUCGAAUCCCUGAACUGGACGCAGUGUUUGCUACACUAAAUGAAACUGUUAAAGAUACUGAAGUAAUUCCUGAGAAGACCAAGAAAAGUGUAAACGACUCGUUGAAUGCAGGGGUGUCAGACAUUAACUUCACCCAGUAUCAUGAACAGGUGAAUAAACCUAUCGUCACUGUCUCCUUGCCAUCAUUUGCAUCCAAUGUCAGCAAGGCUGCCAACACAACAAAAAGUCAGGCUUCGGUUAGUAAUAAGUUGGCGAAUGAAGCAAACAAACUGGACAAUCUAGACAAAACAUAUGUGAAACCAGCGGAGAAACAGGCAAAAGAUCUGGGUAAACUUGCAAGUGAUCUUCAGCAAUCGGGCCAAGCCAUACUGAGUUCUGGCGAAAGAGUUGUUAAAAGCAUAGAGGAAGUGGCGACCUUUUUACAGGAUGAUGCUCUGUCAAUUGCUGCAAAGGGGGUAACAAUGCACUGGGACAAUGUGUUUGGUAAUGUGGAUUAUUUGUUGGACUAUGUCAUCCGUCAGGUCCGAUAUGACGUUGGAAAGUGUAAAAUUCUGUCAAACAUAUACCACGGGUUUACUGGAUCUGUAUGUUCUGAAUAUGCGGCCGGAAUGAAUGCCUCAUGGGUAGCAUCUGGUCUGAGUUCUCUUGUACUCCUCGUCUCAAUUAUUCUUUGCGUAAAGGCGUCUAAACAUUUCUUACGGGCGAAAAAGACUGGAGUUUUUAACAAACUAGGAAUUUCUGCAGAUUUUCCGUCGGAGCUUCCAUGGCUGGAUGGGUUGGGGAUCAAAGACAACUACGUCAACUUGGUCGACGUUAAGUCUUUAGGUGAAAUUUGACCACAAUUUACGGUAUUACUAUGGGAUAAACUUAUCUCCUUAAAUCUGACGAGGAUACGCAUUCUCGUGAGCGUGUCCGGAGACAUACGGGAAACAAGCCAAAGUUUUGCUGACUCUCUGCAUGAGAAAUAUUUAUGGAGUUAGAUUAUGUUGCAAUCAGAUUUAUUUUUUUGACUGUGUUGAAACCGAAAGCGAAAAGUGAACGACUAAGAACUAUAUUAGAGUACCUCUGAAGAUUACGAUACAAGCAUAACACUUGUGCACUCAUUUCUGUCGCCCGGCUAUUGACGGGUGCAUUUAUCACGUGCUCAGCUCGAUUUAAAGUAGAGAUUCUUUUUCUGUGAAUCUUGGGAAUGAUUGGCGUUUUUCUGUUGUGAAGCCAUACGGAUAGAAAAGUUACCUUUAUUUCAAUAGGGCAUUCCUUUCAGUUGUUACAAAGUGAACAUUUUUAUAUCAAGGCCUUAUAUCUAGUAAUGCAAGUAUGUACAGAGAAACAAAAACAAGAAGGAACUAGUUCAUUACAAGCAAAGUAAAAUCUAAAUUAAGAAAUCCAAAAAAUGACAAAUAAAAGCAUUUUCUAAAGAA